CCUAAGUAAAUUCUUGGCAUCACUGGCUUUUCCCAGCAACAUACCAAAAUGACAUUUCAAUUUUUUUUUUACUACUCAACAGGAACCUAGACAAAUAAGCUCUUCAUAUCAAUGGAUUAUCAUCACCACGUUUUCUAAAAUCUAAUAGAUACGCUCGAUUUAUCUUAUACUUUUGCGACCUUUGACACAACCGAAAUUAUCAUACAAAAAAAAAUCAAAAUACUCAACUUUCUCUCCGAAGAACCCACACACAAAUCACACGUAAUAUGGCAACAAAACGAAAACCAAUUCGACCUGUUAACACGAAUAUGAAUUUCAGACCCGGAGGUCCUGAUGUAUCCAGGUCAGAAGCCAAAGGCACUCGACCUACGGCUGCACCAACAACAAUUAAAGAAAUCAUAGUCACAACAAUAAUGUAUGUUUGCAAAAAGACCAUCUUCUUCGAUACCAAUCUUAAAGUAGCUCUCUAUUUGGGAAGUCUUUUUGUAAUUUCACUUAUUGGAGACUUUAUACCUUAUCCCAAAACAUACUUUUCCCGUUCGGACAAUCUAUUUAAUGUUUACUUUGUUAAAAUCGGCUGGGGUUGGACGUUAUUAUUUAGUUUACCUUUUCUAGUUAUGACUUCAAUUGUCCUUUGUUGUGGGGAUAGGAAAAAGAUGCUAACAAAUCACUUACCUCGCAUUGCAAUUGCUACGUUCUUCUGGUUCUUCUGGACAAAGUUGUUUAAUGUUAUUGAAACAUCUUAUGGCCGAUGCACUGCUAGAGGAUUUGAUAGCAAGUCUACUUGUUUGCGUGCUGGCCAUUUAUGGAACGGAUUUGAUAUAUCAGGACAUGCAUUUAUUUUAAUUCACUCUAGUUUGGUAUUGAUCGAAGAAGCUAGACCAAUAGUUAAAUGGGAAUCGAUUAAAGAGCAUUUGCGAAAUGAAUUGCACAAUCGUAGUGUAGCAGAGCGGUCAAGUACAAAUCCACUGAGGAAUCUCAGUGAUGAGCAAAUGAAAAUGCUAAACUUUUUGUAUGAACGUUUGACUCCAGCUAUUAGGACUCUAUUCAUUGGCAUUGCAGCUUUGCAGUUGCUAUGGGAUGUCAUGUUAGUUGGAACUAUGCUGUACUAUCACAAAAUGAUUGAAAAGGUUGUUAGUGGAAUAAUUGCAAUUUUAACAUGGUACUUUACAUAUCGAUUCUGGUAUCCAUCAUCGAGUGUAUUGCCUGAUCCAGCUGGAAGUGGAUGCUUCUUUUAUCAACGAGAAAGAAGUGACACUUUUGUGUAUAAGAGGACUCCCAGUUUGACAACACCAAUAACACCAACACAGCGCACACCAACGACUUCUGGCCAAGUGCCCAUGUUUAUGGGUUUGCCUAUUUAUGCGAAUCAACGAGUGGCGAAUCAGGCUUCUGCAACGCCCAACACAUCAAAUAAUUCUUCAGAAUUUCUUUAAUGAUUUUUCUGUUUAGUCAUUACGCUUAUAAUGUUUUUUUUUUUUUUAAUUUCUUUUUAUAUUUUUGGUGAAAACUUUAUUUUUGUUGUUUGAUUUGUUAAAAUUGUAUUUUUCCCUUCUUAAACUAUCUUGUCAUUAUUAUUUAUCCUUUUGUUGCGAUAAAACCCAUAAAUGUAUUACAUAUUUAAGUGCCUAUGGUGUUUUUUUUUUAGUGGUGUUCAAUAAAUA